AUGUCAACUUUCAACUCUUUGAUGUCUUCUGAUGAGGAUCCGGAUAUUGGGGAAAGCAGCAUGCAUUUGUUCCUUGAGUCAUCACAGACUUCAGAAGUCCCUGAGCAAGGAAGAAGCCCAAGUCCAGCACAGAUAUGGAGGCCCCAUUUUGAGAGUCCAGGUAUAGCAAAUAGCCCAGUCACAGUUUCAUCAGGUGCUUGUGGAGGGCCACUAGAUACUCCUCGCUCGUAUACCCGACAAACCAGUACCCAUUUACUGGGUAGAGUGCAACAAGAAAACACUUCACGUAUAUCCAGCUCGUGUAUUAAGACACUUGAGAAGUUAUUUGACAAUCAAAGGACAUUUCUCCAAGAACAGUUUGUCAAACAAAAUGCUCUUGUUGGAGAAUGCCUUUCCAUGUUAAAAACUUUGGAAAAAAGACCAGAAAAUGGAAAGCAGCUGAAUAAAAGUAAAAAUGAGAUUCACGUGCCUGCAUAUAUAAAGCAAUCUGUACGUGACGGAUUUAAACAUAAUAAGAGAGCAAAUGGGUUAAAGUGA